UUAAGCUCCCACUUGCAAUGACUGAAUUAUACAUUAUGAACACAAGUUUCAGUAAAGGAUUAAGGAUCAUCGCAGAAACUAGCAAGCUAGCUCACAUACGCACUAAUAAUAAUUACUACACUUGCUAGUACAUUAAUUAAUGCAAUGUUUUCAAGUCCGGAUCAUGAUAGUAUUAUGAUUCUGGUUGCAGCCCCUUCUCUUCUUCUACUAUAUUUUUUAAUCAAAACACUCAAAGAGAGAUUGUUUCCAGACCCUCAACUUCCACCAGGAAGUCUAGGAUGGCCUCUCCUUGGUGAGACUUUACAGUUCUUGCCAACACGUCGCACACCAAAACCUGAGAGAUUUGUAAGCGAUAGAAUGAAGAAAUACAAUCCUCAGGUUUUCAAGACUUCACUGUUUGGAGAAACAGUGGCUGUGUUUUGUGGACCGGCUGGGAACAAGUUCUUGUUCCACAAUGAGAACAAGCUGGUCAAUCUUUGGUGGCCAACUUCAGUGAAGAAGCUGAUGAAAUCAAGCUUGUCUAAUGUAGUGGGUGACGACGCGAAGAGGAUGAGGAAGAUGCUCUUAACUUCCCUUGAUCGAGAUGCGCUCAAGAGGUACAUAGACAGGAUGGAUUUGGUCGCACAAAACCAUAUCAGGACACACUGGGAAGGAAAAGAGGAGCUGAAACUGCAUCCAACUAUCAAUUUAUACACAUUUGAGCUGUCUUGUCGCCUUUUUGCAAGCAUUGAUGACCCUACACACAUUUCCAAGCUUGCACACCAUUUUGACAUCUUUCUCAAAGGAGUCAUUCACUUUCCUAUCUAUAUACCUGGCACGCCAUUUUACCGUGCUUCCAAAGCUGCUGAUGCAAUCAAGGAAGAGCUUCGGUCGAUUGCUAGACAAAGAAGAGAAGCUCUGGACAAGAAGAUGGAAUCGCACAGAAAAGAUCUUCUGUCACAUUUGCUUGUGACUACAGACGCAAGCGGAAAGUUACUAUCCGAGUCCGAGAUUGUUGACAACAUGCUGAUGUUGCUCUUUGCUAGUCAUGACACCACUACAUCAGCCAUUACAUGUGUAAUGAAGUAUCUUGCAGAAUUGCCUGAAGUGUACGAAAUGGUUUUGAGAGAGCAGCUUGAUAUUGCUAAGUCUAAAGAAGAAGGAGAGUUGUUGAAAUGGGAGGAUAUUCAGAGAAUGAGAUACUCAUGCAAUGUGGUCUCCGAAGUUCUGAGGAUGAUACCGCCUAUACGUGGUACUUUCAGAAAGGCAUUAGUUGACUUCACCUAUGCAGGUUAUAAAAUCCCAAAAGGAUGGAAGCUAUACUGGAGUCCUGACUCGACAACUAAAGACCCAGCUUACUUCCCAAAUCCAGAAGAGUUUGAUCCUUCCAGGUAUGAAGGAGCGGGGCCUGCCCCGUAUACCUUUGUUCCAUUCGGAGGGGGUGGGAGGGUUUGCAUAGGGAAUGAAUACUCUAGACCGCAAAUACUCGUGUUCAUGCAUAACAUCGUGAAGAGAUUCAAAUGGGAAUUACUGAUUCCUGAUGAGAAAGUUACAUAUGAUCCCAUGCCUGCACCAUCACAUGGUCUUCCGAUUCGUAUUCAGCCGCACCAAUCCUCAGCCUAAGAUAUUGUUCCCUUUCAUUGCGAGACAAAUUUCGAUAUUGCCAAGGAUUUUGGCUGUUAAACAGUACUAGUUUCUCAGUCGUCCAAAAUCCAGUGUUAGUUACUUUUAGUUCUUGUGUGUGCAUAUGUAAGUAUUAAUUAAUGAUGUGGUUCUUCUAUUCAGGGUGCAGAAUCAUCCUUCUAUAGACAUGUAUUGAAAGAGCUGUAAGUACCGAAGUGAUGUACGUACUAAUCAAUGGGAUUUCCUCUCUUAAUUAUGAGAGUGAUAUAGUAUGAGAAUAAAAUGUGUUUCUACCA